CUCAAUGUGCUGUCUUUUAGACAGGAGCUCAUUUGGAGCAAAUGUGAGUCUUUUCUGCUGUAGUGCUUGCUUUGUUCUCAUUAUAGUGGCUUAUUUACCUCAAACUCCUUGCCAAAACAAUCUGCCAGCAAAAUGGGAAGCUGGAGGGAUAUGGACAUUGAGGAGCUGGAGAAGCAGUACUCCCCCAGCUGCUGGUCUCACCGCAUGGAAAAGGAUGUUGUCAUAGAUGCUCACGUGAAAACUCUGACAGAAGGAACACAAAAGGCACGUUCUGUGACACAGACACUUUUAAAUGUAGCAUAUGGAGGGAGAGAUGGUGAAAAACUUGACAUUUAUCUUCCUGCAGACAUGACUACAACUUUCCCUGUUCUCAUUUACAUCCAUGGAGGGUACUGGCAGUUCCUAAGUAAAGAGGAGUCCGGCUUUUUGGCGCCCCCACUGGUAUCAAAGGGAGUUGCUGUGGUUGCAGUGGAUUAUGAUACAGCACCAAAAGGUGACAUUGAUAUAAUGGUAGACCAGGUGAGACGGAGUGUGAUCUUUAUCAUUCAGCAAUAUUCCCAGAUCAGUGGCAUUUACCUGUGUGGACACUCUGCUGGAGCUCACCUGGUUGCCAUGACGCUGUCAACAGACUGGACUAAAUAUGAAGUCACCCCUGACAUUAAAGGUGCAUUCCUUGUAAGUGGCAUUUACGAUCUCCUUCCAAUUGUCAAGACAUACAUCAAUGGUCCACUGAAGAUGACAGAUGAGGAUGCUUUAAGGAACAGCCCUAUUCAGCAUGUGGAUAAAGUGAGGCACUGGUCUGAGAAAUGUGAAAUCAUAAUUGUAGUGGGAGAGCACGAUCCCCCUGAGUUCCAUAGGCAGUCCGAGGAAUAUUUUGAGGGGCUGAAAAAUGCAGGGCUGUGUAUCCAUUAUGAAGAUGUCCCAGACACAGACCACUUUAAUGUCAUUGAGCAGCUGACAGAGGGGGACUACCUGCUUACACAGAUGAUACUAAAGAUGAUUUUACGGACGUAAUACCUGUAGAAGCAAGUGGAACAAACAGGAGAGAUAUGAAUGCUUAUCUUUCCACGAAGAAUACUUUUGACUCUUCGUACCCAUAGAAUAUACUGUCUCCUAUUCACAUUGUUAUGUUUGUGGGGCACCUAGAUGUCAGAGCUAGCAGCUGUGUAUUGUACUGACGGUAACUUGUGUGCUCAAGUAUUGUAUACACAAGAGCAAGAGACCAUACAAAUAGCAGCCAUGGAAACUCCUAUUUUCUAACAGCCAAUAGGAGCGAUAUGCCUUUUAACAACAAUAUUAGUUUAUGUUUUUUCAGCCUGCAGUGGGUAGAACACUGGUGGCACUUUGGAACAGAGAAAUAAUGGUUAACUGUUAGACAUCAUGCAGCAUCCUCUCUACAGAAUACCUGCACUCUGUAGGCAUACUAGUGCGAAUGGAGCACAGUUUUACUUUUUAACAUGUGCACUUUUAGCAGCUAGUAAACUUAAUUUCUUCUUAAAGUGUUUUAUGGUGUUUUAAGAAUUAAUAAAUGGUUGCAAUACUAA